UGUGAUUACUCGCACCAAUCAGUGGAAAAAAUGGACCAGACACUCAUUAAUCUUCCAGCCAAAAGAGAGCCCACCAAUCACAAAGCAAAAUGGUACAGGUCCGAAAACUACGGCUUUAUGUCUGGUUCUUUCAUCAAUUCCGGUCUACUGGAGAAACGAACAUAACGCCCUUUUCAUCUCUCUCUCUCUCUCCAUGGAAUCAUCUCUCUCUCCCCAUGGUACACAAGCAGCGCAAGAACUUUCUUUCAGCAACUUGUUCUGCCCCCAAAGCUAUCAAAGCGAAUUGUAGAUUAUACAAUUGAGGCAUUAGAUCUGGAGAAACACUCACAUGCUAAGGGCCUUUUUGGACACUUGGUCAGGACAAUUGGAAGCUUGAAGCUAGACGCAACUGCUUCUGAUUACUGAAGUGGGGAUUCCUAAGGUUGGCAGGUUUUCAUUGCGACAAAUGGGGAAGGAGCUGCAGCACCAAGAGUCUGGAAUUACAAUAAAGAGCAGUAAUCCUGGAUGCAUGUGGGGCAUUCUUCAUGUUCUUCACCACCAUCGUUGGCAUCAUGCGAGGAGGAAAAUGCUACCGCUCAAAAGGCAUGGAGGAGGAAAGCAUGGUAUGGGGGUUGGAAAUCCAGGAAACAAAAUUAACGACACCAAUGCCAGUGAAAUGCAAGAAUCCAUUGCUGCUGAAAUGAAUGCCCCCUUCAAAAUUCAUCAGGUUGGAGAAAAGGUGGCAGAGCCUGUUUCAGUUGCAAAAAGCUCCAUGAAAUCUCGAAUAAAAGCUUUGAUUGUUGAGGAAGUGUCCAAGAGAAGGGGCCGGCAUCGCAGAAGUUCUUCGUACCCCGCACGAAUUCAACUCACACGAACCGAUUCCAUCCAUCAUCUAGAGCCUUCAGAUUAUAAUCCCCUUACUGAAGUUGCUUUGAAUGAUGAUAGUCAAAGACUAGUUAUUCACCAAGAAAACGAAGAAAAGCCUUCUGCUUCAAGCUCUUUGGACCGACUGCAAUCAAAGGGCUGUGAGGAACCAGUAACUAGCAACACAAAGUGUGAGUUUUGCGAGUUAAACAUAACAAGGGAAGAUUUACUAUUAGCACAGACACUGGGAAAUGCAAAGGAGGAUGAAGGUGUUUCACUCCACGAGUCGAAACAGUUUCUUGAUGUUCUUGAUGCUUUCAACAUGAACAAGGAGUUAUUCAUGAAAGUGCUACAAGAACCAAACCGUCCCCUGGAUCACUACUAUUACAGUCGAAGGGCAUUCAACUCAAAGAUGGGAUUCACCAAGUCAAUUUCAUUUCCUUUUGCCAAAGAGGAAGAGAAUACACAAGUUGGCAUUCAAUUUCGAAAGUCAGCUGAAUUUCAUUUUUCUGAAUUUAUAAGCGAAUUGAAAGGAAAUUCUUCGAUGGGCUCACCCACAGCAACGGAAAAUCAGCCGGAGAAUAAAGGUGGUAUUAAGGGUUUCAAGAAUCUCAAACAAAGAAUAAAACGAGCAAUGAGAGAGAGCAGGAAAGAGGGGCACCGGAUUACCAUGGAUGCAGUCCUUCACAAAAUCCCUUAUGGCCGGAAAUUCUCCAAGGAUGUGGGUACUGCUGAUCUAGGUAGUAAAUCUAGCCAUCAAAUUGGUGAAAAAGUUGGAUCACGACAGAUGAAAAGAUUAUCGUCAUUCGAUGAGUCAAUGGAUAGAUAUCGCCGGUUAUACGAGUCCAGUUUCAACACACAAGCCAAACAGCAUAUAUCUGAGAGACUAAAGUUGACAGCAGAAGAGACACCUUCCCCUCGUAAUAUUUGUCCAAAACCAUUGGGAAGGAUUCUUUCAAUGCCUGAUAUCAGAUCAAACUGUUAUUUCCAAAGUGAGGACUCUCCGGAUGCUAAUUCUAUUGGAAUGCCAACUAGGAAUGAUUUCAACAGCUUUGCAGGUGUAGAUACUAAUCGAUUUGAUGAAAACAAGACAUCAUGCCUUUCUCUAGGCUUAGAAAAUGAGAAUCGGUUAGAUGCUUAUGUUGAAAAGGGUAGUCAGGAAAAAUCGGUCGAAAUUGGUGCAUCAGAUAUUGUUACCGAAGAUGAGGUGGGAUCAAGAUCAUUAUCGUAUGAGGAAACAGAAGUUAAAGGGGGUUUCGCUUUUGAUGACUUGGGAAAGUUGAAUACAACAGAACGCGAUGACCAAAACGAGAAUGAAAUCGAGGAUAUGUUAAGUCCCGAUGGUAAGGGGGCGGAACCAAGUCCGAUUUCUGUGCUUGAAUCUUCUCAAGAGGAUAUAACCAGCCCAACAAAGUUCUCCUGGUCUGAAGAAACAGACUCCAGACUGGAACCAAGGAGCCUCUUUUCUGAUGAAUCUGAGACUAUGAAUUCCUUGACCAAUGAAGCGAGGAUGGAUUCCCCUAAUCUGUCUGAAAGCAUAAUAGUCCCUGAGAAUAUAGAAACCUCUAUUGAGCAAUUAACCAGUGAAUGCUUGCGCGUUCUAGUUAACCCAAAAGAUGCAGCUGAAUUCAACUACGUAAAACACGUUCUGGAGCUAUCUGGCUUCAGCCGGGAUGAGCUACUAGGGACAUGGCAUUCCCCUGGCCAGCCGGUGGACCCCACCCUAUUUGAAGAAGUAGAAAGCUGUAUGGUUCUGGAACCCCACUAUCCUGAAAACGAAGAAGGUGAAAACUGCGAUCAUCUCCUCUUAUUUGAUCUGAUCAAUGAAGUGUUAUUGGAGAUUUACGAGAGGUCAUUCACAUACUGGCCAAAGCCAUUGUCUUCAAAUUCUCACAUGCGUCCAAUCCCAGUGGGAUACCAUGUACUUGAAGAGGUUUGGGCUAAUAUAAGCUGGUACUUGAGUUGGAAACCGGAGGUUGACCUAUUGUUAGACGAUUCUGUGACGAGGGAUUUAGCAAAGGGUGAUGGAUGGAUGAACCUCCAAUUUGAAGCCGAAUGUGUGGGUCUAGAGAUCGAAGAUUUGAUAUUCGAUGAUCUUUUAGAGGAACUUGUGUGGACUUGAGCUUCUUGCAGCUAAAUCAGGUGCACUUCCCGUGUUUCCCUCUUCAUGGGCUAGCUUAUACAUGAUGAUAUUUGCUUUUUGGUUGAUUAUCUAUAUGUAUUUACCGCAUGAAAUCGUACAUAUUGUACAUUGAUGUAAGAAGUAGGUUUGAUGUGCAAAUGGAAAGUUGAAAAUUUUGUGCAGAAUUGCUCAGUUAGAGUGCUGAACCAUAGUUUAGUUGAGAGUCUACAGCACUUUGUAGCUGUACCAGCACAUGACUUUUAUGUAUCAUCUGUACAUACUGUGUGGUAAUAAGAAGAAAGUUUUCUUUGAUCUGUAUCAAUAAAA